UUAAUAACAAAGUCAUGCGUCGUUUAUGUUUGUUAAAUACACAUAUAUUAAUGUUUAACUGUACAGCGUUCUUCAAGUUCAGUUAAUUAGUUUUCAAUUAGUCAUCUAAAGUUUAAGGCUUUGAAAACGUGGGGAUGUUGUCGCGUUGUCAUGGGAACAAGUCACGUGAGCAUACACGUGUAUUCUUUCUUCCCCUCGGUCGUGGUCUUUGUAAUAAUGAUGCUGCGGACGAUGACGGGGAUAAAGCUGACGAUGAGUCCGUGUGACUUACAGCUUGACCACUCCGUGCAGGACGUCUCCAUCCUGUGAAUCAAGUUUUUGUCUGUUUUACUUCCACCGAAGAUGAUUGAGGUUCAGAGAAAGAGCUUCAGGCUGCGACGGUUUUUCGGAUUGAUCGCCUCCCUCUGUUACAUGACGUUACACUGUUCGGCCAUCGAGACCGUCAACGUGGUGGACUUCUGUGGACAAACAAUCCAAGCCGAUGGAAUGAUAAUCAACUCACAUCAGGAAUCCAAAAAGUACUACUUUGUCACCAUGGGGACUGACUGCCACAUCACCAUGCAGGCCAUCUCCCCCAAGGACAAAGUGCAGUUUCAUUUCCGCUUCUUCCUGGUGUACAGUUUGCUGCGAGUGGCCCCUCUCAGUCCGGCCCCUUUUUCCCCACAAGAGACUGACCAACCUCACCCAAAACGGGACCACUCCUCUGGAGAAAGUAUAGGUGAUCCCUGUCACGCUGGCUCAUAUGUUCAGUUCUACAAUGGACGGGAUAGGACGUCCCCUCCCCUUGGACCUCCACUGUGUGGAAAGAGCCCACCUCGGCCAGUGCUGUCCACAGGAAACUACCUUACACUCAGACUGGUGACCAGAGGGACUCAGCCCAGGGUGGACUUUGUCGGAGACUUCACGUCGUUUAGACUCGGUUUCAACCAGUCUGAAUGCAGGCCCUACUUCAACUGCAGGAAUGGGAAGUGUAUCCCUGUCAGCCUGGUGUGUGAUGACAAAGGCAUUGACAACUGUGGCGAUGGAAGUGACCUGGAGCAAAACCUGACCUCUGGCUGCAAAGGUCAAUUAGGUCGGCUUUUUCCAUCUGAACAUCUACCUCACAUCCCUACUUCACCUGCUUCCUUCGUGAAUCCACCCACGUUGCCACUUCCCACCCGUAUGAACUGUGGUGUGCCUGACAGCGCUCCCAGUCGUGAGUCAGUGACAGAUUAUCCCGCCUCCCUGUCCCUGUUCAUUCUCUACAUUAUCCUAGCUGUUGUGGCGUGCUGCGUGCUGCUGUGUUGGUGCUGCUGGUCACCUGGCUGGUUCCUGUGGCGUAUUAGCAUUUGUCGAUUCAUACCCUGCUGCAACCUGGCCUGUGCUUCUUGCCAAAUUUGUCACCACAACUGUAUCCACCGCAAAGAACACCGACUGGCAAAGGUCAUGCCUCAAACACCUGAGAAUGGGUUCCCGCCUGGCACAGCUGCGGCUGGAAACAUCAUGGAAGAAAACAUUACUGUAGCAGGUAUUUAAGAGAGCGACAAAAGACGCAGAGACUCUUGUGUCGAAGUGUGAACGUGAAUCGUAACUGCAGUAGGUUGUGUAUCGUAAUCGGCUGCUGUUGAAGUGUUACUACUUACCUUCGUUUAUCAUUCUACAGCUUACAUCAAUCCCAGCAGUCAGUGCAUGAGAGCAGGGUACAGUUUGCUUGAACAUCCCAGGGACACACGGAAAACGUGAAAAAGUUACACUCACAUUCAAACUCACAUCUGCAUGUUUCAAGCAACCAGAGUUCUGGACAGAAAGACCGCAGGUCAAACCAGUCAGCUGGGGAUCUAGUUACAGCGUGAUUACCACGUCCUUCACCAUGCACCUUAAUUCCAGCAUAACCAAAUAUAUUUUUACAAACACUGUAGGCUGUCUUUAUCACUAAAUCUAAGAAUACACUUUAAGAGUUCAUUUGGAAAUCUAUAAAACAAACUCCAAGGUCGGACAAAGUACAAACAUAUAAAACCUACCUGUAAUAUUUUUUAUGCCAAAAUUUCUCAACACUACACUGCCUGGAUUUUAUGUUGAAGAAAUAAAUGUGUUACAACUAACAGAAAGGGUGAAAAGAUUUUGAAGAAACACGUGUGUUUUUUAUCGUCAUCCUCGGUCAAAACCAACUGUUUUCCUCUAUUUUUAUUUUUUUUGAUAGUUCCAGUCAGUCUGGAGCUACACUCUCAGUGCACUGCUUUGACCAACUGUCUGCCACUACAGCCAGUAAAGAACAGUCACCCCUGCAGUGUCUUUUAACGCUCCGAGGUUUUUCCAGCUUCAAACCAAUGUGUGCCUCGUCAAAGGAGUACAGAGUCUUUUAACUUUUCAGUGAAUUACAAAAGAGUUUCCAGUUUAUUCACUGCUGUAAAUGUUUGUGACAUGCUUUUCAAUACGUUUGACUCAAUUCAAGUCAGAUCUGCUAAGACCUGCACAUUCUUACAGGUUCAGGAGGGAUGUCUGUCAAAUGCAGUAUUUUCUCAGUCCCCACAGACGGAGAGGUUAAUUUAACGUAAAUGAACAGUAUUGAUGUGAUUUCAUGACAAGCCCACAGAACUAACUGUUUUUUACCUGUCAAGUAUUCUAUAUGUGAAUGUUAAUGAUGUGACAUUUUAGAGAUUCAUAUAGAAUGUGUGUUGUAUCUUUGUUGAACUCUUAUCUAAUAAAUACCUUGGAGAACACCGUGCUCAGGCUCCUCAAACCACUGCUUUACAGUAAACUGGACCCACUCCUGUUUGUGUUUGAGAGUAAAUAGGACAAGGCCAGAAUCAACUGUGACCUGGAGGAUUGGAUUAUCAACUCUACUCGAUGUCUCCAACAUUGUUACGUCUCAUGACAGUGAGUGAGACACUGAGUGAUGUUGUGAUCAGCAUCCAAGGGUGGGCUCUGUUGUUGCUUCAAGAGUAAGGCUUUUUAAAUGGGACACUACAGAGUGGUCUGAAGUCAAACACUUUCCAAAGCCUUACCUAAACCCACCACAGUGUUUGUCAAAACUACUGUUGAUCCACAACACAUAUGGAUCCCAGAAUUACAACAAUGGCUGUAGUUCCACUACAGAGGAGCAUAACGCUACAUGUUCUAUUUCUGUUGAGAAAUAAAUAACAACUAAC